GAAAACAAAAAUGAAUGUGAGAAUUCAAUUAUUUAUUACAAUCGUUGUUCCUAUAUUUCGUAAUUCAGCUUUUUUAACCUUUAUUUUGCAGAGGCCAAUUUGAAUUGACAAUUUAUUUAUCUCUAGCGAUCAGUUCAGAUUAACCCCCCUAAAAUGGCGAUGAUCCACAGAUCGCUCCUGGCUUGGUUUUUGGUGCUAGUAUUCCUAAUAUUCGUAGGUCUGCGCAUCGAUGGCCGCACUCACUGGAAUUUCUUCCUCGUCUUCGUGCCCAUGUGGCUCUACGACCUCUUCUUGGUCGCCUUCAUCGUCUUGAAGAGCAUCGGUGACUGCCGCUAUGCCGACUUGGGUUCCUACUCCAUCAAGAGGAUCGUGUCCAUGAUAAUAUUCCGCCUCUACCUGCUGACUAUGACGCUUCUCAAGACAGCCUUCUGCGUCAUGUUGUGUGUGAACCUCAACAGCCCUGCAUCCCCGCCUAUUAGUUGGUAUGGCGUCUUCACUCCGCUCAUAAUUCUACUAGUUGCUCUCUCUUUUAACGUUAUCCAUGAGCUCGUUAAUUUCAGCUUCGGGCUAAACAGCGAUUGAACCUCGAGAGACACGAAGUGAGAUGUCGCUUACUGUGGACUCGGCUAUGACGUUCGUCGUCGUUAGAGUAUAAUCAAGUUGCGAGUCGCUUGCGACUGAGCAAGAUACCGGCUUAACGUCUGCACGGUCACAUGAGACGUUGUUGUAAUCGGCAAUCUUCGGCGACUUUGCUCUUCCACAAAACGUAUCUUACGAAUCGAAAUCCUCACUCCUUCGGGUAAUGUCGGGAAUAGUCUCUUGUUAUUGUUGAAUUUAUUGACAGAAAGUUCGCAUUACGAGACCUGCAUUCAUCGGAACAGGUUUUAAGAACGAAUGCUGUCAACACUCACAUGGGCAGUCUGAAGCGUACAUUCUCACAGUAGAAUCAGUUCAUCAACGGACUGAACGUGAACAUGCAUGCGACCUGUCCUGCAUGAACCUGCAUCUCCCCUGCUCUCCAAUAUACAGUGUUGUUAAAUAAGCAUAGACAAGAAUACUUCACACAACUUCAGCCGCAAAGAAAUGCGUUUGCCCUCGCUGACGAAUUUUUGUUUACAUUUCCAUCCCAAACAUUACGUGCGACUCUCGCAUUAUCUGUCGAGAAUUAAACCUGCUCUAAGUAAAAAAUUGAACUCGUUCAGCGAUGAAGUGUUCAUUUUGCUCGCCAGUGUUGGUCUAUGCCAGGAGCUACCGCUUCAAACUGUUAUCCUAUGCUAGGAGCUACGUCAGGAAGUCAUUGUUCCUGCCGGGCCAAUGAAGAUGGUACUUUACAUUAGAUUGUUCAUGCCAUGAGCGAAGACGUUAUCGCUCCUUCAUAUCAGUGUAUAUGAUGCCAUAUCACAUGUGCUAUUGCCGCUCCGUAUCUGUUUACGCAACUUGCCUGGAGACCUAAAUGCCACUGGAAGUUUGUCUUUGUGGCAAGACUCGGCAUCUAAGUAAGCAACGGAGGUUGAUCAAGAAAACUUUCACUGUGGCGAUGU